CUUCUUUAUGCGUGUGUUUGGAUUAAAACAGCUCAUUCGUCUGUGUGCAAUUCAGGACUUCAAUCCACAGUUUUUAACUCUGGUUUACAUAGAACUAGUGUCUUUGCUUCCAUUUUAGUCUCAAGUAGUUACUGAAAGUACUGAACCCAAAAAACAAAAUCAAUAUAUAUAUGUGUAUAUAUAUAUUUUUUUAAAAAAAGAAAGAAAAAUCGGGCAGUGUCGGCCUUCACACUAAAAAGCUUUAAAAAAGAAAGGAAAAAAACAGCAGUUAUUCCUAGUGUUCCCGCACCCUCUCUCCCCAAUAAUAGAUCCUGUCUUUCUGAGUUUAGUUGACAUGAAAUUCUGUAUUUCUGGUGAAAAAUCUUAGUACCCAUUUAUAAGAUUAAACCAGAGAUACAAUUUUAUAUAAUAUAUUUAUGUUUGGUUGUUUUUGGAGUGAGUGUUCUGCUGAUUCUGUAGGCAACAGAUAAUUAUUUAUUACUGGGCUUUGAACCUUUCGUCCAGUGAUGGUCUACUUGUGAGCACCACUUACUUCUCUUUCCCAUUCUCUUGGUUUCUAGCUAACCAGAGACACCCUCUUCAAUUUUUUCAUCUAUUUGUUUGGAGCUAUGGUGGUUGGUUUAAGAUCUAGUUGAUUCAAUCAAGAGUAGUUUUCUAAGAAUCAAGAAGUCAAGUCAAAGCUUUGAAUUUCUUGAUACAUUUGUUCUUCUUCUUUUUUUCUUUUUUUUUUUCUUCCUAAAAAUCAUUGUGUCUUAGGCUUGUGGGAUCUUAUUAAGUGGUGGGGUUUCCCAUGAUUCUAUAGAUGUUUAUGUAGAGAGAGAAAAAGGUGAAGUUUAGAUUGGUAAGUUAUGGCUAGUAGUGGGUUACAAAACCAGGAUGGAUUGUCAGAAAACCUAAAGAAGCAGCUUGCUAUUGCUGUGAGAAGCAUUCAGUGGAGCUAUGCAAUCUUUUGGUCCAUUUCAUCAAGACAGCCAGGGGUAUUGGAAUGGGGUGAUGGGUACUACAAUGGAGAUAUUAAGACAAGGAAAACAGUUCAGGCUGUAGAAUUCAAUGCCGAUCAACUGGGGUUGCAGAGGAGUGAGCAAUUGAAAGAACUUUAUGAGUCCCUUUCGGUAGCUGAGACCAACCCACAAGCUAGAAGGCCUUCAGCUGCAUUGUCCCCUGAAGACCUCACGGAUACGGAGUGGUAUUACUUGGUUUGCAUGUCCUUCGUAUUCAAUAUUGGCCAAGGGUUGCCGGGAAGAACAUUAGCCAACGGACAGCCCAUCUGGCUGUGCAAUGCUCAUUGUGCCGAUAGCAAAGUAUUCAGUCGCUCUCUGUUGGCAAAGAGUGCAUCUAUUCAGACUGUGGUAUGCUUUCCGUUUUUAGGCGGUGUGGUUGAGCUGGGGGUAACUGAGCUGGUUUUAGAGGAUCCCACUCUCAUUCAGCACAUUAAAACUACCUUUUUGGAGAAUCCAUACCCAACUGUUCCGAAGAUAUCUAAUUAUGCCUCAGAAAAUACAAGAACUGACAAAGACCUUGUCCUUCCCAAGCUUAAUCACAAUAAGCUUGACACCAAUCUUGAUCCUGCCGUAGAAUGCAGAGAAGUAAAUCUUUGUGCUCCCAAUAACACUUCGAGUGGUUUUUUGCCCAAUCAACAGACAGAGGAAUCGGUUAUGGUAGAAGGCUUAAAUGGGGGUGUUUCUCAAGUACAAAGCUGGCAAUUCAUGGAUGAUGAGGUCAGUAACUGUGUCCAAAAUUCCUCAAAUUCAAGUGACUCUAUAUCCCAAACCUUUGUAACUCCUGAAAAGGACAGUUGUUUACUUGACCUUCAAGAGUGCAACCACACGAAACUGACCUCAUUGGAUCUUCCAAAUGAUGAUAUCCACUAUCAUAGUGUUGUUUCAUCCCUUUUGAAGAGCUCCCACCAAUUGGUUUUGGGACCAUACUUCCAAAAGUGUCAUAAGGAAUCCAGCUUUAUUGACUGGAAGAAAGGACCAGUAGGUAUCCGGAAACACAGAAGUGGAACUCCACAAAGAGUAUUAAAGAAGGUGCUCUUUGAAGUUGCUCGAAUGCAUGGUGGUCGCUUGAUCGAGUCCAGACAAGAUAAUAGCAGAGAAGAUGGACUAUGGAGACCGCAGGUUGAUGAAAUUGGCACAACCAAUCUGUUCUCAGGGAGGAGGCGAAGGGAAAAUAUAAAUGAAAGAUAUUCGGUUCUUGGAUCAUUGAUCCCUUCCACUAGCAAGGUUGACAAAGUUUCUAUACUCGAUGGCACAAUCGAAUAUCUUAAAGAGCUUGAGAGAAGGGUUGAUGAUUUGGAAUGUUGCAGGGAGGUAACAGAUUUAGAUGCAAUGACGAGGAAGAAACCCCAAGAUACUACAGAGAGGACAUCCGAUAACUACGGGAACAGUACUGGUAUUGGCAAGAGGCCCUCGAUAAACAAGAGGAAAGCUUGUGAUAUUGAUGGAGGAGAGCCGGAGAUCAACCUUGUUCAAUUGAAAGAUAGCUCAACUGAUAAUGUAACUGUCAAAAUGACUGAGAAGGAUGUUUUGAUCGAGAUUAGGUGUCCUUGGAGGGAGUGUUUGUUGCUUGAAAUUAUGGAUGCAAUAAGCAAUUUCCACCUAGAUUCUCACUCGGUUCAAUCCUCCAACGUUGAUGGGAUUCUUUCCUUGAACAUUAAAUCCAAGUUCAAGGGAUCAACUGUUGCAUCCACAGGGAUGAUCAUACAAGCACUUCAGAGAGUUAUAUGUAAGUGUUAAGAUGACUCUCACACUGAUAAUUGUAGGUUAUUUGACUUCUUUAAAUUUGAUGCAUUGCAAAAUUGUGUAUUUUGUAACAUUUCUGUAGAUCUCUAACCGUCGACACAAAUUCUUGGGAAUCUCCAACUAGAAAAGUCCAAUAAACUGAAGUUUUUCUGAAUUUUGUAUUGUUCUCAUAAUUAGCAUGGGUUUCUUAUGGAUGGAGCAUCAUGUCCAGCAACACUGUGCUUGUUUAGUGUUAAGAUGAGAUUGGAAAACAAUAAAAUCUAUCUUCUCUUUAGACAAAGUGAAAUUGCUUCACUUUAUACAAAGUACGAACAUGUUUUGAAUAGUCAAAAAGGAGCAAAGAGAAAGGAAAGCUAUUGAAUGAUAGAUAUAUAAAAUUGAAAAAUAAAAAUUCAGAGAAAGGAUGGGAGAUAUUUCCUUCCUCCUUUCCUCUCACUUUUGGGAGAAAAGGAUAGGGUGGCUUGGAACUUGGAAGGAAGGGACUUCCCUGCUUUCUUUCCUUUCCCUUACCUGUUCUCCUCCUCCAUAUCCCUCUCCUUCCUCCAUUUCCCUUUUA